UAGGUUAUCACCGUGAAGUGUCGGACAGUCAAUAAUCAUUGGUUCCCGAGUUUAUGCAGAUUAUUUUCAUCAGCGAUUGUCUGAUGGGAAACGUCGCGUUUUCGGAGAGACAUCGUCGCCGCUCUGAUAACCACUCACCCUAACACACUCGCUCGUAACCCCCAGUGAUCCGCGUGCAAACGGCAUCGUAAACAGUGGUUUUACUCGGGCCUUCACUAGUUCCUUUUUUUUCGUUCAUCAAUUCUUUCCCACAUUAACUUUUUCUCUUGUCAAGAAUAUAACACACCCUGCUGGGAAGGCCGUGUCAAUUCAUUUACACAAGUUUAUGUGGGUUUAAUGGGGUUGAUUGUUGACGUGUGUCGACAGAGUGAGGGCGGAGAACCUCGUGGAAGGGUUCAAGAAAUAAUUGUGCUACCGGUUUGUCGAUAAUUGAGAUUGGGAGAUGUUCUGGAGUUAUCAGAAUCUGUGAGUGAACUUUUGUGGACUUAUGAAAGCAUUUGUAGUACAAGAAACAAUUAAAUUGUACAAUUAUUGUACAAUUAUUCUUGAUGAUUUUGUUGUUGACGCAGAUUAUUCUUUAGUGUCGUGAGGGAAUUUCACAACACUUGAGUCAGGGUGAACCCUUCCAAAAGGGUUUACAAACCACUGAAAAGAUUCAUCAAGACAGUUAAAUGAAGGAUGAAACACUAAUAAUUGUAAUGAUGUUACCAGAUUACGAUUUUUACCUAGACUUGUGCAAAUUGGGUUCGAAUAAUUCAUUUGUAAUUAGAAUCUUCCUGAAGAUGAUGGUGUUAUUGUGGUAGGUCUUCUGGGGAUUUUCUCAGGAGAGACAUGGUAAAAACGAGUGGAGUGACAAUUUUAUUGAUAAGGUGAAGGUAGCAAGGGGAAUAGGGUCAUAAGUUAGGCUGUUGCAGAAGUGUCAGACAUAUGCCGCCAGCCGGGCUAUCGGCUAAAGGCUUGCCUACCUUGAUGGACCACGGACAACCCGAUGCUCGUCAUCGGAGCGAGCGAUUUCUCCUGCAUCCCGAGAAUGGGGGCUCGCAACCGAAUACACCGAGUACAGCUGCCUCUUCACCGAGAUAUCAUAACGCUCAUAAUAGGGACCCUACCUACGGUUAUUCGUAUGAUCGUGCAUCAUCAAACAACAUGUCUGACAGCAGCAUGUCAGAUACACACAGUGGUGGUACAGCAAGGACUGUGUCUCAACAGACAAGUCCUUCACACGCGACCCACUCGUCAUCCCACUCGAGGCAAGAAAAAUGUUCGGUGAUUGUCACAGUAAUGUGGAAAUACAUUGCACAGAGUGAGGAUGAAUUGACACUUGAACCUGGUGAACAAGUUGAAGUGCUAUCAAAGGAUUCAAAAAUAUCUGGUGAUGAGGGCUGGUGGACUGGCAAAAUUGGUGGAAAAGUUGGCAUUUUUCCGGCUAAUUUUGUUAUUGAAACUGAUCGAAUAUCGAUAUUUGAUCAUGUACAACCGACGGAGAUCGAUUUCCAGGAGUUGCAGUUGGAGGAAGUUAUUGGAGUUGGAGGAUUUGGGAAAGUUUACAGGGGAUACUGGAGAAAAAAAGAGGUAGCAGUAAAAGCAGCACGUCAAGACCCCGACGAAGAGCCGAGUGUCACCCUAGAGAACGUUCUUCAAGAAGCAAAGCUCUUCUGGCUUUUGAAACACGAAAAUAUUGUGCAACUGGAAGGAGUCUCUCUAAAAAUCCCCAACAUGUGCCUCGUUAUGGAAUAUGCACGAGGUGGCAGUCUAAAUAGAGUCCUCAGUGGUCGCAAAAUUCCCCCUGACGUCUUGGUCGAUUGGGCAAUUCAGAUCGCCCGAGGCAUGAACUACCUCCACAAUGAGGGACCCAUUCGACUCAUCCACAGGGAUUUGAAAAGUUCCAACGUUUUAUUGAGUGAGCCGAUUGAAAAUGAUGAUCUUCAGCGUAAAACUUUGAAAAUCACUGAUUUUGGCCUUGCAAGAGAAGUUGAUAAGACUACGAGGAUGUCUGCAGCGGGAACCUAUGCAUGGAUGGCCCCAGAAGUUAUCAAACAAAGUACUUUCAGUACGGCAAGUGAUGUUUGGAGUUAUGGAGUUCUCCUCUGGGAGCUUUUGACUGGUGAAACACCAUAUAAAGGCAUCGAUGCACUUGCUGUAGCCUACGGUGUUGCAGUCAACAAACUGACGCUGCCUAUUCCUUCGACGUGUCCUCAACCUUGGAAAUAUUUAAUGCAGGCUUGUUGGUCUUGUGAUAGCCACAGUCGACCAGAUUUCACAGAAAUCCUAGAGGGACUUGAUGAUGUUAGGAGCGCUUUUGCUGCCACUCCCCAUGAGUCCUUCCACACGAUGCAGGAGGAUUGGAGGCUAGAGAUCGAAGAAGUUCUUCAUGGGUUGCGCAUGAAAGAAAAGGCAUGUCGUUCAUUCGAAGAGGAACUGCGCUGCAGAGAAGAAGAACUGACAAAGGCCCAGGUACAACAGAGACAGCAAGAGGAAAAUCUGAGGCAGCGUGAGGAGGAAUUGGCAGCUCGAGAAAUUGAUCUGCUUGAACGUGAAAUAACUGUGAUGAUGAUCCAACAGCAGAGCACACCUACACCUAAUAAAAGAAGAGGGAAAUUUAAGAAAUCUAGAUUGAAACUUAAUAAGAAGGAACCGGGAAGCAAUAUAAGUGCACCUUCAGACUUCCGUCACACGAUAACAGUUCAACACACCGCCCUGGACCGCAAGAAUCGAAACCCUUCUCGCCCCAACAGUCCACCAGGCUCACCCUGCAUACCUCGAUUACGUGCAAUUGCUUUACCGGCAGACGGCGUUAAGGGUAAAACCUGGGGUCCGUCAACACUCCAUCAACGUGAGCGCGGUGCAAUAAUCACCCAACCACCGAAUCCAGCAUCCCCCGGUGGUAAAAGAUGGUCACGUUCAGCGCCAGAUCUUGAAAAGACACCAUUACGAACGGCAUUACUGGCAAAUGCACAACGUUCCCCGCUGCUGCAAGAAAUAGGCCUUUCCGAGGAAAAUAUCCAUUCUGCGCAUUAUUCGACGUUACCAGCGGAUAUAUCCACGGAGUGGAUAAAGACGGAUUAUCCGUUGAAACCGGGUCUGACCACGCCAUAUAUCAUGCCAAUGCCAACGCUGUAUAAUGGAGAAGCUAAGAAACCAAAAUUAGGAGCUAUUGAGUUGUUGUUGUACAACAUUGCUGCAAUGCUCGCAGGAGUGGCAACGGGCUUCGAUGUUAGGAUGACAAAUGUGUCGCCGAUUCAUCCGCGAUUGCAGCCCAGGAGUAUAUGCGAUGAAGAGGAAACGGGCAAAUGGUGGAUAGAUAAUGGGUCCAAUCGAAAUUCGGCGUAUUUAGGGGAUGGCUAUGAAUUCAGUUCUAGCAGUGGGUAUCCGCAUAAUACUUACCAUGGACCUGCACGUCAUUACAGACCUUUCUUGAGUUCAAUGGGUGGUAUAGGUCCAGGCCUCCCUCUAAACGUGGAAAAACCUCUUAGAUUCACAGACUCACCUCAGCAUUAUGCCUGUAACAGUACAACGGGGUCGAAAGUGCCAACACCAAGGCCACGAAGAAAGAGUUCAAGUGCAAGUGUUAACGAUGAAGUCUAUUCACCUGAGAUUACUCGAGUAGAUCGAAUGGAGAGGGUGCCAGCUAUUUACAUGGGGAAUGUACCUCCUUAUCCGGAGUAUGGUCCACCAGUUUACACCAUUGUGCCUCCUGACUGGAAUUAUAAACCAUCAGAGUCUGCGUAUUUUUUGGCUCCUGAAUAUCAUGAUAGAAUGAUAGAAUGCCCGGAGUUUCCUCACGCUUAUGACAAUCCCAACAGCUUGAACAGUCUCGUCCGAGGUGCCUCCCGAGUCCCCGCCUACACCCACCAUCGGACAUCAUCUAACGUCUCUAACACGAGUACCUCCAGCAACGUGAACCCCACUUUCCACCUCGAAGAUGAUUCCGAAUACCCCCCUUACUCCCCCAGCCACUAUUAUCAACGCCUGUCGAACGCUCCCUGUACCAAUUUUGGAUACCCAACCCAGGAACAUAGCUCCUCCCCUCAUCCCUACCUCAGUCGUCAAAGCUCCCAUGAAAUGAAUUUAAGCACUGGAGAGAGGCCGAGUAAUCUUGAAGUGGUCACUAAAUUGCGAUCCAGUUUGAAGAAGGCCAAUUACACUUAUUCACCGAAUAGAAGCACAAGUAAAAAUAAUUCUGGCUCAGGAACACCAACCAAUUAUACACCCCCUGACUCAUUAACAUCUGAGGACUCGAGUUAUGUCUCUGCUAAGGACAGCCAGAUAUCGAGCAGCAGGGUGAGGUUUUCUCCUGUGACUUUUGAUCGAGACAUUCCACGGGAUCAUCUCGAUAUUGCUCAUAUACCUGGACAAGAGACAAUCACAUCCCCCCUUCAAACUAGUCGUCGUUUGUCUAGAAAUCGCAAGCCCAGUAUCUCAGAUCUUGACAGGGAGUUCUUGUCAUAGCACUGGCUCAUUUAAACCCCUUUCUCCUACUUCAUCGUACAUUACAUACACUCUCAUUAGUGUUCUGUUUCAAGAGUUUCAGGAGAGGGAUACAAAUUGUUUAUGCAAACACAGAAGUUUAGCGGCUAUUUUAGAUAAAGGUGAAGAGAGUUUAUUCCAUUUAAAAAUUCAAGCUAUUGGCAUCUGUAGAUAUUUUUAUGAAAAAUCAACAUUUCACAAAUACUUUCAAUGGAAAUUUUUAUUAAAAACAUUGUGUUCACAUUCGUUCUCUCAUUGAUAUCCACAAUAACCGACUGAUAGACUCGAAACUUGAAGAACAAAAAAAGGGUCCUCUUCCAAAUAUUUGUAAGGUUCGAAUGAACACUGCCUUCUUUAAGAAAUUACUUUAGAAAUAGAGAAAUGGGUAUUUCAAAUUCCAUUAGAAAGUACUCUCUAGAUUCACCAUAAAUUCAUCAUAAACAUUCCAUUUACAUUUUGAAAUUAGCUCAUUAACGUAAUCAAAAAAGUUGCAUUGUGUAGUUUUUCGCGAAAAAAUCGCUCCAAGUAUAGUAAUUAUCAGUAUUUUCUAGUGCAUUUGAUGUAUAUAAAAUACACGUUCCGUAUUAUCAAAUAAAUGCAUUCGAUUUGAGAGAUUUUAACGUUCCAAUGUGGCCCUCAAAGCAUAUGUGCGUCAUUUUGCCCGUUUUAAAUGAAACAAAUAGGAGAUAUAUAAAUUUUUAUGGUGUCCAAGUAUGAUAUUCUGCGGUGCUAGCUAUCGCCUAUGUACUUAUUCAACUCCCAGAUCUGAGGAAAUGAUUUAUAAGAUGAUACAUUAUUUCCCUUCAUACGUUAUUUUAUUUUCAAAAGAGCAAAUCAUUUGAAUAGUGAAGACAACGUCGAAUGGAGAGGAAUUAGUUGAGGACGUACUUGCAGAUUAUUUUAUGAAUAUCUUCAGAAUAUCUCUUGACAUUUUUUUACUUGAUUCAAUGCAGUAUAUUUACACAAUAAUCUGUAUAAAAUUAUUAGACUGAUCUCUCUCUUUUAUUUUCCCAGAUUCAGUUCGUAGGUUUAUAAAUUGAACUGUCAGCAGCUAAUAACAUUGUUGUGCAAUGUGACGUACUUAACGACAAAAGAGCUAGUCUAAGUUCUAUUUAUUUUUUAUCAAUUAUCGUGUACUUAUGUAUAAUCUUUCGGAUUUCAAAAUUCGAUUAGUUACCGUCUUAACUGUCAAACUGUUUUUUUGCGCUUAAUUUAUCUAUACUUGAAUAGUCAAUUUUAGUCGUUAUUCGAUGAAGAGAGGAUUGAAUGUAUUUUUCACCCAUCGAGACUAACUGUAUUAUGAUACUCAUUCAUAAUUUUAGAGUGAAUAGAGUGAAUUGCACCUAUUUGUAAAAAAAGAAAUUUGAAUUUGAAUCAUAAUGAUUUAUUGAAGUUUUGGAAAGUAACAAACAACAUUGUUGAUGAUUUUUCCAUCGUCUUGUGUAAUUUCGUUUCUCUAAAAUUUAUACAGAUCACAUUUGACACAAAUUGUUGAAUACAAUCACCUAUAAAUGAUGCAAGAGAAUUUAUAAAUUAGUGGAGAAGUCGUAAAAUAAUUCGACUUGAAGUGAUCCUUCUUAUUAGUUGAUUAUUGAGUCGCCACGAUAAUGAGUAAUUGUGCAUUGAAUCUCCAAAAGUCUUUUUUGUAAAGUAUUUCCUGAUCUACAAAUUUUCACUUAAAACAACCUCGUGUUACCUAAAUAAUCAACUAAUCAACGAAGAUUCAAGGUUCGACUUUUUAAAUUUUACCACUCAAUUAGUGAAAUGAUUUUGCGAAAAAUGAAUAGGAUUAAGAGGUUGAAUUCUAAAGCGCUGAGUGCAAUGUGUUCCCUAUUUUUUAAUUAAUGAGGAGAGGAGGAAAUAAAAUAAUCAUUCCGACUGCUUGGAUAUGCGCCUUACAAAAAGUUGUAUUUAUGUAUGAAAGCAUUGCAAAUUAGUUCUAUAAACUUGUGUGAUUGAUACUGAUGUUGAAUGUAAAAUUUUUAAUUUAAUGAAGAAAAAUAUUAAUGAGUGAGGCAUUUUUGAAAUACAUAUUCACAAAUUGAUGAUUUGCUAACUUUAAUGAUUUUUCCCCGGGGAAAAUCUUUUGAAAUUUCGGGAGUCCGACCUAUACUAAAGGUUGAGGUAUUUUUUCAAACAUUGUACAUUACUAUAUAUAAAGUAUCGUUAUGUUGAAAAACAUAUAUGGCUGAUUUCGUUAAUUAUCGAUGUGGGUUUGUACCGUCAAAAUGUUAAUUAUUUCCAGGUUUAUUGGAUGAUUUUUCCAACAUAUAAUAGGUCUUUUUUUUUUUUUUUUUUUCAUUUUUAUUACGAGCCCACAACAUCCGGAAUACCAUAAAAUCACUAAUACAAUUGGGCAUCCCGCCUGGCGUGCUCUUCUCCCACCUCGAUUGACAUCUUUUUCCACUUUGUCAAUGUGCUUUUUUACAAGAGAUAGGAUGAACUGAUCAGUGUUCAAAAUCGCCCUGCGAUCGAACUAUUUUACACAUUUAUCGGAGAACAAAUGCUUGAUGGCUCAGAAUAAAACUUGUAUUCUUCAAAAAGCAUUAUCUAAUGUUGAAUCUUGUUUUCUUCGAACACAUGGCACCCUAUCCAGAAAUCAAUGUGGAAUUGCCUUUCGUUCUAUGCAAAAAUAAUUUUUUGCUUCAUUGUUCUUCUUUUUUUUCUAUUUAUCAUUAACUUACCCUUGCCUUGUAAACGUUUUCAUUUACAAAAGAAUUUACGAUUUGACAAAACUUUGAUAGAAAAAAAUAAUAAUGAAAAAUUUCAAAAAGGGAAAAAAAGAUCAAAAUUAUUUUUUGAUAGAACGAAGCGGAGUAAUGUUUGGAUUUUUUAAUAUUUUUUAUAAUCAAGGUGAGCGUUCUCAACUUUCCGAUGGGGUAAUGUAAUUGAAAUCAUCCUUAAUGGAAGAAACGAAAAAUGCCCGGUACUCCAAAAUUAUCGGUUAUUUUCCGAUAACUUCGUUGUAUGGAUCUGUAAAAUUUGGGACAUUUUUUUCUAUGCAAGGAAAUAACCGAUGAAUUUUGGAGCACGAGUGUGGUUGUUGGGUCGUUCUUCGCUCGGAUUUCGGGUGAUUGGAGAGCACUAUUUCGCGAUAAAACAAAUGCAGAGCUAGGGGGAAAUGUUAAAAAAAAGAAGAUGAAUAAUCGCCAAAAAUAUCUAGUGAACACUCCAAAACAAAAGACUUGGACAAUAACUCAAAAAUGUAAAAAAAAAUCAAGUCUUGAAUGUGAAGAAGACCAUAUGAGGAGUCUCAAUAGAAUGCAAAUUUUGAAGAUAGAAAACCGUACGAAUAAUUAACGGAAUCACGCAUAUACAUGUGCUACAAAUUGUAAUUAUUAUAUAUAAAAGAAAACAUUUGAGUAUUAAUGGCAGUGUAAUAUUAUUUGGCAUCACAUGAUGAUGUCUCAAUAAUAAUUAUGAUAAUGAUAACA